UUCACGCAGUUGUGGUCGGUCUGGGUUGAGCUGGUCUGCGCUGUGGUCCGGGAUGAUUCUCUUAUCCUAAAAUAUUCCGAUUUUACUACAUCAUUCCUCUAUAACGUGUACAAUCCGUCGCUGGAUUUGAUCUCGGUGAAGAUGAGUGGAGCGGCGUUCCCCUCUCCCACAGCCGAGAUAGCGGAGAUGAACCGGAUCCACUAUGAGCUGGAGUACACCGAGGGCAUCAGUCAGAGAAUGCGCAUCCCUGAGCAGCUCAAAGUGGCUCCGUACGGAUCUGAAGAUCAGGAGCUUCCUGACCACGAGCUGCUCCACACCACAAUGAUGCACGUUCCUGAGAGAAUCAUAGUGGCAGGAAACAGUGAUGACAUGCCAUUCCCCAGAGAUCUGGACCUCAUCCAGUCCACCCCACAGGAGUCCAUAUUGUCCCUCAAGACGCCGCCUCGGGUUCUUACACUCAGCGAUCGGCCCCUUGACUUCCUCGAAAUGGAGCAGACGAGCUCCGCCAGUCAGCCCAGCGAAGAAGUGCGCACGCAAACCAAGACACGUCGAGAGCGCUCGGUCAGCGAGAACACAAGUGUGCAUCACAAUGGCCCGCUCGCAAGAAACGACUCCGCUAUGACUCCCUCUCCCUCUGCUGCAUUGCGCUCUAUGGCUCCUCUCGGUGGUGUCGAGGAUGGGUUUAACCUCUUCAGCGCCCGUGGUGUCCUUUCCUUCAUCCAGUCAAGCACACGUCGGGCCUACCAGCAGGUCCUGGAGGUCCUGGACGAGAACCAGCGCAGCAAGCCAUCUCUUAGAGGGGGUUCAACCCUCUCUAACCCCCAGCAUGACACCAGGUUUGCGCUGGCCACGCUGGACUCCACUCUCGAGGGAGGAACGGAUGACAUGGCUGUUGUGGACGCAACUUCUCUACGCAGACAGAUUGUCAAGUUGAACCGGCGUUUGCAGCUCUUGGAGGAGGAGAACAAAGAGCGAGCCAAGCGAGAAAUGGUCAUGUACUCCAUCACUGUAGCUUUCUGGCUCGUCAACAGCUGGGUUUGGUUCCGACGCUAAAGCUUCUCAGACUCUACAGAGUGGGAGGGGCUAAAGCAAAACUCCACCCCUCAUGUUAUACGUGUCAAAUUUUAGCCAUGUUUUAUAAUGGCCACAAAACGUUGUUGUUUUCUUCACAGCAAGAGCAGUAAAGUCAGAGAUAGCUUUCUGUGUUUGGAAUUGUCUGAUUUAUUUUUUAUUAUUAUUAUUAUAAAUGUGUAUUUAUACAUGUUUUUUUAUUAUUUGUACAAUUGUACAAAUUCUCUGUUUCUUUCUUUUGUAUGUUUUAUUAUUUGGGGGUUCCUUUGCCAAGGCCAAGCAAGCAUGAACUAGAUGUGUAUAUAUAAAUAUAUUCCUUCACGUGUCUUUGAGCUUUGGCCGUAGCUGAUUAUUUUCUUUCAUAGGUUUACUAUUUACCAGAUAGAACAAUAUUAUGGCAACUUUAAGAAAGACCAAUGGAAUGGGACGCACUGAUGUAUCAUAGACAAAUGAUAUUAAAAAGUCAUCUUAAUAUUUUAGGUAAAUUAUAUACGUCUGUAUGUUACAUCAACAUUGAAAUCAUACUUGUUUAGUCCUGCUCAUUAUUUAUGCUCAACAGCCCAUUAUUGUAUGCUGAUGAUGUCGUUUCUGCUACAGCUUUUUUGCAGGAUGAUACUGAAAUGGUACACGUUCAGUUUUCCACUCACAAAGCCUUGAACAUUGUAUUACAAAUGCUUUUGUUUGAAUAAACGACAACAGUAGUGAA